UAGUACGUAAGUCCAUGAAGUGAAGCAGUUUAUUCCUCGCUGUCUCCUUAAAAUGAGUGGACGAACAGUUGCUUGUUGCAGCCAAAACGACAACGGUAACCGCAACAGCAACGGCAACGGCAACGGCAACGGCGAGGCCUAAAGAUCUCCAAAAUGUAUGGAAAAGUGAUUCUCUCUAUGGUAUUCAUCUUUCUUCUGCUCUUCUCUUACUCCAUCUUCAUCGGGACUAUCGAUAUCAGAUCAUACUUCUUCCCCCUCCUGCAGCAGUCACCGGCAGUUGCACCUUCCGUCUGUGCUACCGGACCGCCUCUUAAGGUCUACAUGUACGAUCUUCCGCCGAGAUUCCACGUCGGGAUGAUGGAUCACCGGAAUGAUGAUUACAAUACGCCGGUCACGGCAGAGAAUUUGCCGCGAUGGCCCAACAAUUCUGGGUUGAGAAAGCAGCACAGCGUCGAGUAUUGGUUAAUGGCUUCGCUUUUGUAUGAAGGCGGUGGAGAGGAGAGAGAAGCGGUCAGGGUUUUAGAUCCGGAAAAGGCAGAUGCAUUCUUCGUGCCGUUUUUCUCUUCGUUGAGCUUCAAUACACACGGGCAUACCAUGACGGAUCCGGAGACUGAGAUAGAUCGCCAAUUGCAGGUUGAUGUGGUAGAAAUGUUGUAUAAAUCUAAGUACUGGCAGAAGUCUGGAGGUAGAGACCAUGUGAUUCCCAUGACACAUCCGAAUGCUUUUAGGUUUCUCCGACAACAGUUGAAUGCAUCUAUUCUCAUAGUUGCAGAUUUUGGCCGCUACCCAAAAUCCAUGUCAACUCUGAGCAAAGAUGUGGUGGCCCCAUAUGUACACGUUGUUGAUUCUUUUACAGAUGAUGAACUUCCAGAUCCAUUUGAAUCUCGUACCAAACUUCUUUUCUUCCGUGGGAAUACAGUCAGGAAAGAUGAAGGCAAAGUUCGUGCUAAACUGGCAAAGAUAUUAGCUGGUUAUGAUGAUGUUCAUUUUGAGCGAAGCUCACCUACAACAGAAGCAAUAAAAGCGUCAACUCAAGGAAUGCGUUCAUCAAAGUUCUGUCUGCAUCCUGCAGGAGACACUCCAUCUUCUUGCCGUUUAUUUGAUGCUAUUGUAAGCCAUUGUGUUCCAGUCAUUGUGAGUGAUCAAAUUGAGCUCCCUUAUGAGGAUGACAUUGAUUACAGCCAAUUCUCAGUUUUCUUCUCUAUAAAUGAGGCAAUUCAACCAGGUUACAUGGUUGAUCAACUCCGCCAAUUUCCAAAGGAGAGAUGGAUUAAAAUGUGGAAACAGCUUAAGAACAUCUCCCAUCACUUUGAGUUUCAUUACCCACCAGAAAAGGAAGAUGCAGUAGACAUGCUAUGGAGACAGGUAAAGCACAAGCUUCCUGGGGUUCAGCUUGCUGUACAUAGAAGCCGAAGGUUAAAAAUUCCAGAUUGGUGGCAGAGGCCAAGAUGAUUUUGGACAUUGCUUAAAUGAUCCUGUACAUUCAUGAUAUUUUCAUCACUCGCAAGCAAUAUUUCUUUUGAGAGAAUAAUCAGAGGCAGUUACAAACACCAUCAUAUCAUCUGGAUUCGUAAUUUGGAUAACAUAUACUCUUCGGCAAUACAUCAACAGAGAUUUUUUUUUGACAGUGAAGACCUUUGGUCUUGUCUGUGGAAGGCUUAGCAAAUUGUUUUUCUUCUUCUUUCUUUAACACUACAGGAGUCACCGAGUAUGUAAUGAGAGUGUAAUGACACACGGCUGUAAUGUAUUCAUUAGAGUUUAGCAAAGAGCUGAUUACAUUGGCUGUAAUUGUUUCUUUUGAAUCUUUGGCCCAUUAAUAGUGUUCAACAACUUUGUAUUUUGGA